AUGAUGAAGGCGUGGGCGGUCACCAAGUACGGCGAUGCCUCGGCGCUCUUGACAGCGAUGGACGUGGAGAAGCCGCAGCCAGGGGCCGGGGAGGUCCUGGUCAAGAACAUGGCCAUCGCAACCAACCCCAUCGAUUACAAGGUGAUCGCCGGCGCCCUGGCACCAGGCGAGGAGGCGCCCCCCCAGCGCCUCAUCGUUGGCUGGGACAGUGCGGGGGUGGUCGAGGCUGUCGGGGAGGGAGUGACAGACUUCCAGGCCGGUGACAAGGUCUGGUUCGCAAGUGACACCACCAAGGACGGAUGCCCCUGGGGGCUCUCAGAUAAUUCGCUGCGUCAAGGAGCGCUCUUGCGAGCCUUCUCUUAA